CGCCAACACGUUUUUAUGUUAUGUGGUGAUCGUCAAGACAGCCGCUUUCUGCUUUGAGUUUCGUUUCUUAUUUGGAUAUUUUGAUUAUUUGAUAUGCUCGUUGUUCACCCUGCAAGUACCUGUGAUAUCUGCCUGGAUCCAUACAGCAUCACCGCCGAGCCUGUUAAGUCACCUCAUGCGAUAGCCUGCGGUCACACUUUCUGUCUCACCUGCCUUCGGAAUCUCUCUCCGAGUACCUGUCCUCUCUGCCGCAAAACAUUCCGGCAAGACAGCAUCAAAAAACUUCACAUAGCGGAACUGCCCGAACUAGACAGGGCUUCCGAAGGAGCGGAAAAUGCUCAGUUGUUGUCACUUCUCCAACGAGUAGCCCUUGCUUCCACUGAGGACGCUCCCGACGACGAAGUAGUCCAAGUCCUUGCGGAGGUGGACGAAUGGCUCUCCCAACACUCAGAGGACUCCAACUCAAACCAACCUCUGCGUUCUGCAGUAGCUUCCCUUCAGCGAUACAAGGCCCUGCAAGAUCAAACAGCGCGUGACAAAGUCGAGCACAAGCGACUGCGUCAUGAACUGAAAUAUUCCAGGAAAAACGCCGACCAAGACUUGAAGUCGUCUCAAGCAGUAAAGGAGAGCCUCCUCACUCAGAUCGAGGAGCUCAAGGCUAUGCAUUCUCGCGAAAUAUCUCGUCUGCAAGCAAAGAUCGACUCCUUGAAGAACGCUCAGCAUGCCCAGAAUACCCAUAUUUCUCACCGUAAUACUUCGAAUCCGCUUCCUCCACCACCUGAACCUCUUCCUCUCGAUCGGUUCCCACCGUUUCUCAGACCCGGUGCAAAUGACAUCGACCCGCGUUUGGAUCCGGCGUCCUACCCUUUGCAUAAUCAGGAGUUGAGGCAGGGUACAAACUUACCUAACGGAAGCUCUUCCACUCCUGGGCCCUACGUAGGGACCUCCCAUACCUAUGUGCAGAUUUCUCAGGUAUCUCAGCCGAUUCCCAUACGACCGAAGCAAGACGAGGCCCCACAAGAGGACCAGAGAAGGAGGUCCGACAGUUAUCAGCACCACAGGAGGUACAGCUCCAGCUCCACGCGUAACCGGCAUGCCGACUCCCCUCCCCCUGACUCGAGGCACAAGUUGAACGAAAUACCUCCGGGCAGCAUCAUCCAUGGAGCCUCUCCGUCUGUACGAGUAGUCAUCCGAUCUCCUUAUUGGACGCAUCAACCUCUGGUGGAAGAACGAGGAACCCAUCGAAGAGAUAGGUCUAAUGGUCCGAAGGGCUGUAGAUCUGCGUCGAGGGACGCUGGGGUGCAAGACACGGACACACGCGCAGCUGUGGCGUACAUGCACGGGUACGAUGCUGGCUACGAUAGUGGUUAUCGAAUUGUCGGCGAACCCAGCUCCACCUCGUCUUCAUACGGCAGUAACUAUUCUCGGGGAGAACGCGGAUUUCCUGUAGAGGAGUCUCCAGAGGUCGUUGGUGGCCUUGGGUUGGUCAAUGUGCCUCCUCGAGUGCCGUCUGGAUCGGUGAUUAUCUCAGAGGAAGAUCAUGAUUCUACACCAGUCAACCGAACAGCACGUCUCAACAGAAGACAUACCACUCACGUAGUUGGUGUUGGGCGAUCUCCCCAUAGAUCAGGAAAUAACUCAUUGCCCAAUCCGCCUGCCAACGGCUCUAGUCAGCUCAUCCAUGAGCGGACAUCUAACCCCACUCUUGAUGUCCCAAGAGGAUCUACCACAUCUAACGGUACCGAUCGUAUGGGCGCUGUAUUGACACGGCCGCAAGCAAGAGUUGCCCAUCCAAUCACCAUUCCUUUGGCGGGGGAUGAUGUGAGUCCCAGGAGCGACACUACGUGGGGUACGACGUCGACUGAUACCCUCGACCUUGGGGUACUGGUUGGUCUCCAUAACGGUGGGGCGAGAGGACAACGGAGUGUCAGUGAUAGUGUGGCAGUUGGUCGGAACGGGGUUGACGGUGAUAUAGCAAACGGAGGGUUGGGUAACGAAACUGAUGGGGGAUCAGGGACACCUACGCUUCCAGGGGCGUUUGCGCCCAUGCCUAUUGGUACAUCGGCACUUGGGCUUAUCACUGAAGAGGACCCUUCUGAAGUUGUGAGAGCCCGACAAUAUAACGCAUCUCGUGCCAGCGCCACCAUGCAGCAAACGCAAGUCGAGCAGCACGAUCACCAAUCGCAUCAUGCCAGACGAGCCGAAAGAAGCAGGGACCAUCGCCGCCACGUCUCGCAACCCACGCGCACGGAGGUUUUGCCGCAUGCCCAAGAGUCUGGUAACAUGACCAAUGCGCUAUAUCUUCACUUCGAUGCCUCACCAUUCCCACAUGACAACGCCCAUGUGGUUUCUUCUGCGCGCUCAGGCGCCGGGCGUGGCCCUAAUAUCGUCGCCCCCACACCGAUUUUUGGUGGACCCAAUGUCGCCCAUCUCUGGGCCAACCGCGUAUGAAAUUAGAUGACCUUAGUCUCUCCCCCCUGCUCUGCUGUCAUACAUGUAGAUGCUAUCCCUGUUUUGUAGUCUGCGUUGUGUGUAUUGUUAUUUUAGUUCCUUUUGGUAUGUGUACCCGAUUUCUCUUGGACAGGCUUUACUAUCUGAACUUCGGAGUUUACACUGAUGGGUUCUGGGGUAGAGAUGAUGAGUUCAUAUACGCCACUCCAUGCGGACUUUCCAUCAUCAGUCUCAAAUGGAUAACGGCGAACCACCGAGGCUUCCGCCGCGGCACAUAUACGUUGGCCAACGCCUUAGAGCAGUUUAGAGCCUAAUGACAAUUACAAUUG